ACUCGUUCUACUUGUUGAGUGAAAGCUGAGUCACAGAUGAUUAAGAAGAAUAAACAAGCUGCACAUUAUUAUUACGAUUUGGCCCCUCGUCCUUUUUUUCUGUGCUUUUUUCCUCCUAUUUACGACGUCAUUGGAUGGAGUAGAGUGAAAAUAAUAUGUGCUCAGCUAUUUGGAAAUGAAACGUGUCAUUAUUAUUGGCCUUUUCUGAGGAAAGACAUCAUCUUGUUGGAAUUUGGGAGGACAUUUGUUCGAAAAUGCAGGCGACCAGUACCUUUUCUCCAGGGACGUCGGUCGCCCCCACGUCCACGAUUGAAAUAGCUAUUUCAUGCAGGAAUUUGAUGGACAAGGACAUUUUGUCAAAGAGCGAUCCAAUGUGUGUGAUAUUUCAUCAACCGCUAGGAAGCACUCAUUGGGUGGAGUUGAUGAGGACGGAGACAAUCCAAAACAAUUUGUGUCCUGAUUUCUUCCAGAAGGUGACGAUCGAGUAUCGUUUUGAGGAGCAGCAGAUAUUGAAAUUCGAAGUGUAUGAUAUAGACAGCCCGAGCCCCAAUUUGUCGGAGCAUGAUUUUCUGGGAUUUGCGGAAACCACGGUGGCGUCUAUCGUAUCAUCUGGAUCAAUGGGAUUGUCCCUUCCACUCUUGACCAAUGUGCAAGGUCUUCGAAAGGCACAAGGGACUAUUAUUCUCAUUGCUGAGGAAUUGUCAUCGUUAAAGGAUGAGGUCACCUUAAAGUUUGGAGGAAACUCACUUGGUGAAUUUUCAUGCUGCAUAUUCCCACCCAACGUUUUCUUUACAAUCUCCAAAGUUAAUGAGGCAUCCAAGUAUGUUUUGGUACAUCGAAGUGAACCAGUUGUCGGGCCGGACCCUACGUGGAAACAGAUCACAAUCAGCGUGCGUAGCUUAUGCAAUGGUGACCGGGAUCGUGGACUGAAGAUUGAAUGUUUUCAAGAAAAGUACAAUGGUGCUCAUAAAUUGUUGGGUUCUUACGUCUCCAAUCUUAAUCAUUUGAUAAGUCUUGGUUCAGGAGGAGGGAUCAAACUUCAACGUGAUUCAAAGGAAACCAACAGCACAUUCCUUGUCUUAGGCUGUCACGUGUCGCAACUUUUCACGUUUGUGGAUUACAUCCAAAACGGUACAAAGAUUCAUUGCUGCUUUGCCAUCGAUUUCACAUCUUCCAACGGAGACGCAAGCGACCCCACAUCCCUUCAUCAUUUCUCAGACGGUAUUACUCAACCUAACCCAUAUGAACAAGCUAUGCAGAGUGUCGGAGAUAUUAUUCAAGAUUAUGAUAAUACCAAAAUGUUUCCUGUCUUGGGUUUCGGGGCAAGAGUACCCCCAAACGGCACCGUAUCACAUAAUUUCAAAAUAACUUUGAAUGAAUCUCCAUACUGCUAUGGGAUUGCAGGUGUUCUUGAAGCUUACAGGAAUUGUAUCAGACUGAUUCAGAUGUACGGUCCAACCAACUUCAGCCCAGUGAUUAAUCAUAUUGCACGAAUGGCAGCUAAUUCUCGUGGGGGAGACGACUACUAUGUAUUACUCAUUGUCACGGAUGGUAUUAUUACUGAUAUGCCAAAUACGAAAGAGGCCAUUGUAAAUGCAUCUACGCUUCCCCUCUCCAUCAUCAUUGUUGGAGUUGGUGGUGCCGAUUUUGAAGCUAUGGAAGAGCUUGACGGAGACGCCGUUCGCCUCUCGUCCAACGGCCGCUUUGCUGAACGAGACAUUGUGCAAUUUGUUCCGUAUCGAGACGCAUACACCUGGAUGAAUUCAACCGUGGGGCCAGGAACUAGCUCGGCUCCUUUCUACAACGGUUUGUCAAACCCAUACGAUCAAGGAUCCUGGAAUCAACAACACAGCACGACUCAUAGAUUGGCCCAAAUCAAAUUGGCACAGGAGGUGUUACAAGAAAUACCGGAUCAACUAACUGGCUAUAUGAGAAGCAAGGGGAUUCGACCUAAAGCAAAAACGGCUUAAGCCAUUAUGAAUUAAGUCUGUUGAAAACUAGUCUGAAGUAGUCUGAAAUCACACCAAAUUCGUAUUAUCGAAUAAGCAGCACGGCACAUUGUGUACUUUACGAGUUACCCGCAGUACCUUAUUUAUGGACUUCAAAUUAGCUUCAAUUUAGCUUCCUGGCCUACCGUGCUUUGAUAAAACUAUGAAUUACCAAUGCUUCCUGCACAAAUUAAUUACAAACAUUUCCAUUUUUAAGCAAAAUUAUUCUUCCAAAAACGGAAAUUCCCACAAAAUAUUAUCACUUGACACUUGCCUGUUCUUAAACUUUGAUGUAGAGCCAUUUGAGCUUAAGAAGAAACUUUACAUUUAUUUCCGUAUGGGCCAAAUUAUUUAACUCAAUAUAGGGUUAACACAACGUAUUAGGUUUUUGGCUCAACAUUUCCACAUUUCCACUAUUUUACCACAAAUUAUAUAUGUACAUACUACUCAAUGUUUAUGAAUAUAACCCAAGGUACAACUUAAACAAUUAGUUAAAGGUAAUUUAUAAUCAUUAUCAUUAAUUCUUCCAAAUGACCAAAAAUCAAAAAUAAACCACAAUUCCUAAAAAACCCUUGAAAUAUGAUGUGCUUUCCAUUGCUCAAGAAAAUGAGAAUGCAAUAUUUGUGUUAUUCGAUUUUAUUGGAGACAUUUUUAUUAUUAUGAUAUGAGAAGACACACCUCUUUCUCUCUCGUUCUCUGUAAGUACUUGACUGUGUUAUUACAUAUACGUUCCUCUAUCAACUAUGCACUAAUUGUUGUAAGUUUAAUUAAUUACUUAAUCAUAAUUACUCAAUUAUAGGAUAGGAUAAAAAUAUUUUGCAAUUUCUUCAUUAUUGAAAUGCAUCUUUGAUAUUUUGAAAUUGUCUUAUUGCCAAAUCCACGGGAAGAUCGAAAUUUAUGGAUGAGAGUUUAUCAAGUGAUCUGAGCGCAUCUUCAAAACCUGUUUGUAAUUAAUCAACUUUUUAAUGUUAUUUAACAAUUGUUUAAUUGACCUAUAUGUUUGUACUUUAUUGACAAUUAGUUAAUGGUACGUUAGGCACAUACCCAUUUUGUUGACGUAGCUCCAUGGCUGAUAAUACUGCUCCAUUAUUUCUUGCGUUCUUACAAUUAGACGAAUCCAGAUUACAAGUUUCUUGCAGCUACAAAAAAAAUUAUGAUUGUUAUUUUUGUAUACGUACAUUUUAAUUGUAUUUACGUUAUUAUCAACUUACUUUAACGCUGCACAAAUAAAAGCCUUGAAAUGAGA